AUGCCCUUUCACUACGUUUUCAUCGGCCCUUUCGAGAAGGACGCCGUGAAGUCCCGCCGCGACUGGAUCGCCGCCUCCCGUGCCACCCUGGGCCUUCAAGAGAAAUACAAAAUCUUCACGGCCUUCAAUGAGCACCUGAUGCGCGAUCACUUCCUCUUGCUGCUCUUCUCCAACCAUUCGACUCGUACGGAUGACGAAGAAUCGAGCCUGCUGCGAGAUGCCCUCGGUGCUCUGCAGGACCACUGGGAAGGGAAAGAGACACCGGCCGGCCGUUCCAUGUAUGUCCUGCCUUCUUUCGACGAGCAGGCGGUGCGCGGGCCGACCUGGGGGUACAUAAAGCAUCUCAAAGAACGGGCCAAAGUUCUAAUCUUGGAUCUUCCGUCUACGUAA